AUGAAGCAGGAUGAGCUGGCUGACCGUCUGCAGAGCAGAAGUCGUUCUGGAGUUUGUAAGCGUAAACUUAAAUCUAACCAGCAGAAGAAGUUCCAGUGUGUGUUUGAGGGGAUUGCUAAAGCAGGAAACCAAACCCUUCUGAAUCAGAUGUUCACAGAGAUCUACAUCACAAAGGGAGGGACUGCAGAGGUCAAUGAUGAACAUGAGGUCAGACAGAUUGAAACAGCAUCCAGGAAACCAGGCAGACCAGAAACAACAAUCAGACAAGAAGACAUCUUUAGAGCCCCACCUGGAAGAGAUGAACCAAUCAGAACAGUGAUGACAACGGGAGUGGCUGGCAUCGGGAAAACAGUCUUAACACAGAAGUUCACUCUGGACUGGGCUGAAGACAAAGCCAACCAGGACAUCCAGUUCACAUUUCCAUUCACCUUCAGAGAGCUGAAUGUGCUGAAAGAGAAAAAGUACAGCUUGGUGGAACUUGUUGAUUACUUCUUUAGUGAAACCAAAGAAGCAGGAAUCUGCAGGUUUGAAGAGUUCCCGGUUGUGUUCAUCUUUGAUGGUCUGGAUGAGUGUCGACUUCCUCUGGACUUCAUCAACACUAAAAUCCUGACUGAUGUCACAGAGUCCACCUCAGUGGGUGUGCUGCUGACAAACCUUAUCAGGGGCAAUCUCCUUCCCUCCGCUCGCCUCUGGAUAACCACACGACCUGCAGCAGCCAAUCAGAUCCCUCCUGGGUGUGUUGACAUGGUGACAGAGAUCAGAGGGUUCACUAACCCACAGAAGGAGGAGUACUUCAGGAAGAGAUUCAGAGAUGAGGAGCAGGCCAGCAAAAUCAUCUCCCACAUCAAGACAUCACGAAGCCUCCACAUCAUGUGCCACAUCCCAGUCUUCUGCUGGAUCACUGCUACAGUUCUGGAGGACGUGUUGAAGUCCAGAGAGGGAGGAGAGCUGCCCAAGACCCUGACUGAGAUGUAUAUCCACUUCCUUGUGGUUCAGUCCAAAGUGAAGAACAUCAAGUAUGAUGGAGGAGCUGAGAUGGAUCCACACUGGAGUCCAGAGAGCAGGAAGAUGAUUGAGUCUCUGGGAAAACUGGCUUUUGAGCAGCUGCAGAAAGGCAACCUGAUCUUCUAUGAAUCAGACCUGACAGAGUGUGGCAUCGAUAUCAGAGCAGCCUCGGUGUGCUCAGGAGUGUUCACACAGAUCUUUAAAGAGGAGAGAGGACUGUACCAGGACAAGGUGUUCAGCUUCAUCCAUCUGAGUGUUCAGGAGUUUCUGGCUGCUCUUCAUGUCCAUCUGACAUUCACCAACUCUGGAGUCAACCUGCUGUCAGGAGAACAAACAUCAUCAACACAGUUCUACCAGAGUGCUGUGGACAAGGCCUUACAGAGUCCAAAUGGACACCUGGACUUGUUUCUCCGCUUCCUCCUGGGUCUUUCACUGCAGACCAAUCAGAAUCUCCUACGAGGUCUGCUGACACGGACAGGAAGUAGCUCAGAGACCAAUCAGGAAACAGUGGAGUAUAUCAAGAAGAAGAUCAGUGAGAAUCUGUCUGCAGAGAGAAGCAUCAACCUGUUCCACUGUCUGAAUGAACUGAAUGAUCGUUCUCUAGUGAAGGAGAUCCAACAGGCCAUGAGAUCAGGAAGUCUCUCCACAGAUAGACUGUCUCCUGCUCAGUGGUCAGCUCUGGUCUUCAUCUUACUGUCAUCAGAAGAAGAUCUGGACGUGUUUGACCUGAAGAAAUAUGGUGCUUCAGAGGAGGCUCUUCUGAGGCUGCUGCCAGUGGUCAAAGACUCCAAAAAAGCUCUACUGAGUGGCUGUAACCUGUCAGAGAGAAGCUGUGAAGCUCUGUCCUCAGUUCUCAGCUCCCAGUCCUCUAGUCUGAGAGAGCUGGACCUGAGUAACAACAAUCUGUUGGAGGUGUUUCAGGACAGCUUGAGCAGAGGACGUCUGCUGCUGAGCUGCAGAAGGGCAGUCAUCACCCUGCUCCCGAAGAAAGGAGAUCUGCAGGAUUUAAAAAACUGGAGACCUGUUUCUCUGCUGUGUGGGGACUACAAGAUCCUGUCCAAAGCUCUCGCUUCUCGGCUUCGGGAGGUGACGGGUGAAGUGGUUCAUGUCGACCAGACUUUCUGUGUGCCCGGGAGGUUAAUGAGUGAUAAUAUCACUCUAGUUCGGCAUGUUUUGGACGUCUCUAGCUCACUGGGUAUGGAUACUGGCCUUAUUUCCAUAGACCAGGAAAAGGCUGUUGACCGGGUUGAACAUCAGUAUUUGUGGCAGACGCUCAGUGCUUUUGGCUUCAGCCCAGGUUUCAUAGCUCAGAUUCAGGUCCUGGACCGAGACAUUGUGAGUAUAUUGAAGGUUAAUGGUGGUUUGGCUGCACCUUUUAAUGUGCAGAGAGGGGUACGGCAGGGGAGCUCUCUGUCGGGGAUGCUUUAUUCCCUCGCUAUUGAGCCUCUGCUCCAUAAAUUCAGGAAGGAACUUUAA